UGAAAUUGUGAGAUUCGGUCAUGAAGACGUGUUUAGUUGUUGCCAUUUUGUUAGUAGAGCUUGUGGCAGUUAUGUAUUGUGAUACUGGCAAUACCGUCCGUCAGAAAAGGCAAAUAGUCAAACCAGUCACGAUUCAAGUGAAACCUCCCCCUGGUUGUGUGUUUUACGAAUGCAUUGCCAACUGCAAGCAACGAGGAUACAAAAGUGGCGGAUACUGCACCAUCAAUGGAUGCCAAUGUUUGCGAUAGUCACACUAAUUUUCCUUUGAAUACUUUUUUUUUUAUCUAAUAUUUUGCAAAUGCAUAUAAUCGUUAAAAUCCGAAUAUACAGCGAAACAAUCUUACUAAUAUCAUAAAUUCAAAAGUUUAUAUAGUUGUAUGUUUGUAACUCAAUCAGGUCAGAACGGCUGAACGGAUCUAAAUUAAAUCUGGCACAGGAAUAGGUUAUAAUCUGGUUUAGCACAUAGGUUACUUUUUAUCUAACGCAACUAAACUAGUAUCCACAUUUAAACGAACUGAGAAAUUUCCCUUUUUUUUAAGUUGGCUAAUAAACCUUGAAAUAAUAUUGAAAUUCGUUUUAUAUAGUAUUUCA